AUGGCAUCGACCACCACUCUCAUCAUCCCAGACCUAAAAGGCAAAAGAGUGCUCGUCACUGGUGGAUCGGCAGGUAUCGGGAGAGCGACUGCAAUAGCUUUUGAUGCCAACCAAUGCGCCGUGGCGGUCCUCGGAAGGCGAUUAGAACGGCUUGACGCAGUGGCAUCGCAGCUGAAGCAUGGGGUGUCUAUCGUGGCGGACCUGACCAAGGAGGAAGACAUGAAGCGAGCCAUCAAGGAAACCAUCGAGAAGCUGGGAGGCCUGGACAUCCUGGUGAAUUGCGGAGGAGCUGCGAGUGAUGAGAUGUGGGGAGGGGGAGAAGCCGCCUUCAUAGCUGCCCUGAAGCUUCACGUGACAGGCAAUCUGACGCUCAUCAGGGCAGCGGAAGAGGAGCUUGUCAAGAACAAGGGAGCAAUUGUGAACAUUGCUUCUGUCGUGGCGCUCAUCCCACAGAAGGGGGCCAUGUUUGCCUAUGGCGUAGCCAAAGCGGCGCAGGACAAAAUGACUAAGGACCUCGCGUUUGAAUUUGCCCCCAAAGGAGUCCGCGUAAAUUCUGUCCUGCCAGCCACCAUCGACACUGAAGUCUUCGACACAGUUUCAGAGAAGCAGGGAGUUCCCAGGGCAGACCUUCUCGCAGCUUUUGCACCGGGGCAUGCAAUGAACAGAGUUGGACAGCCCGAGGAAGUUGCGGCGCCGAUUGUGUUUCUGGCGUCCAACGCAGCGUCCUUCAUCACCGGAGCCAGCCUGCUUAUCGACGGCGGCGCGACCCUCGGGUACUGGUUCAACAGGAACUCUUUUCUGGAGUGAAGGAGAGGCGCUUCAGGGGUGUAUCAAGCAAGGAUUGCAGCAGAGUACAACGUAGCAACACACACAUGGAAUUCUGGGGUGCAGAGAAAGCUCUGCAGACACAUGAUGAGCUGAAGUUACACACAAGUCUGCUUGAUGCCCUGUACUUGCAGCCUGAAACCUACCGGAAGAAGAAGGCCUGAAGUACCUCUACAUGCUGAGGUAAUGCUGUAGCAUCUGGAUGCAGCAAACAUGAUUCAGCGGCUGAGUGGCUGCAGCUAAGUCUGCAGGCUUGGACACUUCCUUUAUCAAGAUCUGCUGCUGUCUUUUGGACUCAAAGAGCGUGCUGGGGCAUGCCUGAGAUGAAGCUUUAGUCCAGUCAGCAGCCUGCCGAUCAGCAACUCAUGAGUUGCUUGUCAAAAUGAGGAGCUCAGGAGUCUUGCGUUAUCUACCAUUCAAUAACUAAGCUAAUGGAGAUCUGCAGACCUUACCUUGUUCUCUGAAGCCAGGCCUGCAGGUCCCCACUGGACAAAAACAAUUUGCAAAUUCAAUUUGCAAGGUGCUGAUUCUGAUGUCAAUAUUAAUAUGAACAGCCCAUCUCAUGUGUCCCCUUGAUCUGACGCUCAUUUUGGCAAAGAUCAGUAAUGUUGCCAUAUCAGGUGAGCAAGUGCAAAGAAAUUUGGAAUGGAACACAGGCUGCAAUUGAGAGUCAUGCAUGUCUCGGUCAGUCUUUGAGAGCUAUGAGUCAUGAAUUACAUAUAUGUAUAGACCAAUCCGGCCCUGGCUGGCAGGGGGCAGUGCAAAUACUGAGCACCGUGCCCACGGUUGAUUGAAUCUUGCUUGGAUCUGGCGAGUCCAUCGAGGUUUAGGAUUGUGGCAGCCUUUAAAUGCAGCUUGUAUGCAGCCGCAACUUGCCUCUGGCAGGAAAAGCAUGUAUUUAUAUACCGACAAUGCCAGAUCUCUUUUGAUGGUCAUGACUGAUAUUACCUUUGCCGUGAUCACAGUGCCCAUCUCUAUUGCAGAGAGUACAUGGAAGGGUCCAAGUGCCUUCAUGAUUAGAAUCCACUGGAUUCUAGCAGACUGCAUGUAUACAAUGUGAUCUGGUGUGCUCCUGGGCC